AUGCAGUCCUGGAAGAACUUCACCGCUCAGCUCCCCGCUGUUGACAUGUCCUCAGUCAGGAAGGGGCUUGGAAACACCUAUCAGGCGACAAGGGAGAAGCUGGGCAAUGUUGGACCCGAUGGGAUCACCGAGCUCCCGGUCGAAUACCGCCAGCUCGAGUCUCGGGUGGACGCCUUGAAGGAUGUCCACCAGCGCUUGCUCAAGGUCACCAAGGUGCACGAGACCGAGUCGUACGACUAUCCCAACGAUGUCGCCGAGAGCGUGAACGACCUGAGCCACCAGGCAGCCAGCGCCUGGGCUACUUUCGCCAACAAGAACCUCAAGAACACCUCUCUUCCCAUCCCCGUCCCCGCUCAACCCAGCCAGGGUCCCCCUCAGCCCAAGACCCUCCCUCACGCCAUCUCCCGCGCCGCCAAGAGCGGAGCGACCGAGCUCGGCGCUGGUGACCGAUUGGGUACUGCCUUGGGCGUGUAUGGAAAUGCUAUGGAGAAGGUUGGAGACGCCCGCCUUCAACAAGACUCGACCAUCGCCGAGCGCUUCGUCACACCCUGGCAAGCGACUCUCAGCACCUCGAUCGGCCUGGCGAUGAAGGCUCGGGGAAACGUCAAGACUGCGCGAUUGGAGUUGGACUCGGCAAGGGGCGCUCUCAAAGCUGCCGCGCCCGCAAAGCAAGAACAGGCUCGUCUCCACGUCGAAGAGGCCGAGGACAAGCUCGUCCAGAACACCGAGACCGCCAUCGGGCUGAUGAAGGCUGUUUUGGAGAACCCUGAACCCCUGCAGAACUUGUCCAACCUCGUCAAGGCUCAACUCAUCUAUCACUCUACUGCCGCCGAGACCCUCAGCGCUAUCCAGAGCGAGCUUGAGGAGGCCGCGACUGCUGGUGAGGCAGAGUACAGGAACUCGAGGGGCGCGUAG